AUGUUUGAAGAAAUUAAAGUGUGUGACAUUAUACAAGACGAAAUUCAGCAUUCGGAAAUUACGCUCUCAGGAAGCCCUUCAAAUGAUUUUUUUGAAUGCACAGAUUAUUAGACAUCUUUAGAAAUUGAUUAAAUUGCUUAUAUCAUGUAUUUACUUAAUGUUAUUUGUUUUAGAAAAUUAGCCAAUAGAUAGAAGGUGUCUAUUAACAUAUAUAAUAUGUCAGAGAUCUACAAACGACAAAUUUCAUAUACUAGUGAGUAUCUAAACUUUUCAUCCCCUAUUACAUAAAAUGGAUGCACAUUAAUAAAGAAUAAUAAUACACCUUACUUAUUGGUUGUUACACAAGUUGGACACAUCUACUAUAAAAACUUAAUAACUAAAACUUCAACCUUAUUAAAGAAUUUAAUGAUUGAAAAUAUAAAAAUAAAAUGCUUUGUCUAAUCGAUGAUUCUUAAAGACUAAUUUCAGUUUUAUUUGAUGACUGAUGCAGAUCUUUUGUAUCAUGUAACAUUAGAUGUAGUUGGAGGGGAAUUUUUUAAAAAUAAGUAUCAAAUAAGUUUUGGUACUAAAUUUUUUAGUAAAUAUUUUAAUAGAACUGUUUAAGAUUGGAAUGUUGCUUUUCAAUUAAAUGAUAAUUAAAUUUUACAUUUUUCAUAAAAUACUCAAUUUAGCUUGUUGGAAUAUCGAGAACCUGAGUUUUAAACAAUUAAACUAUAAUGUUAGGAUAGCAUAAAAACUUAGCAAAUUCACAUAAUUUAAUAAACUCCAAAUGGACAAUUAUUUGUAUGCUAUUAAUUCAAUAAUAAUCUAAAAAUGUGUACUAUAAAUUAAAACUAAUUAAUUGUUAAUUAUGUAGUAGAUUUAUCAAAAAUUGAACUAAAUAACCCUUAUCAUUUAAGUAGUACAUAAGAUCAAGUUAUUUUGAUUUAGGAAUUUAAGAUUUAUUAAUUAGAUUAAGCCAAAAGGAAUUUGGAAUUAAUUAAUGAAAAUCAAUAUUCAGUUAUUGGAUAUCUGAGUUAAGACACUUUAUUAUUAUUUUAUAAAACUUAAUUAACAUUUAUCUAGUUAAUUUCAGAUCAGAUUAGUAAAAAAUAGAAUUAAUUAAGAAGUGAAGUAGCAAGGUUUAAAAAUAAUCUAGGAAAAGAAUAAAAUUUAAUAGAUGAUGAAAUAAUUGUUUAAAAGAUUGCAUUUCAUCCAACAUCUCAAAAUGUUCUUAAUCAAUUCUAAUAAUUGAUAAAAAUAAUGCAUAAAAAUUUGGAUUAAAAAAAGGUGAUCUCUAUUAUGAAAUAAUAACAUAACAAUUUUUUGCCUGACUUAUUUAUUGAGAAUCUGAUGGAUGAAGUAGAAGAUAUUUAUAUUUUUAUUAAAUCUAGUUUUAAGAGUUAAAUACUAGAUCCUAUUGAAAUUUAAGCCGAAUUAACUAAUUAAUUAGAAAUUGUGAAUUUCAAUCUAGCGGAGUUUUUUUUUAGUAAUUGUAGAAUAAACAAUCCGAAUACAUAAGCAGAAAGUAAUUCUAAUAUAUUUCCAAUUGUUAAAUCUUUAGUAAUUUAUACUUUAAGAGAUUAUUAUUAAAUGCAGUUAGAAGUCAUUUUAGGAUUUGGGGUUUUACAAAGUCUAUAUUAGUAGCCAUUAUCACCUGAUAUCAAUUUUAAGGUAUUUUAUGAAACAAUGUGUUUACUUUCACUAGUUGAAGAUAAAAGAUUGAUACACAUCCAACAAAUUUUAUAAAAUCAAUUUCAACACGUAAAAUGUUUAAUUAAUUUUAAAAAUUUGAAUUCUAUCUCAUAGGAUUUGAAACUUUACAUCAAUAUAAUAUAUAAUGAAAUUUUCUAGUGUUUAGUCAUCCCUGAUGAAUACUUUUGUGAAUAAUUUGUUAAAAAUCAGAUAAUAUUCCAUUCACAUCACAUAAAUUCUAAAGGCAUCAUUAGACAUUGUAGAAUAGCUUAAUAAACAAACUAGAUUCCAACUGAUGUAAUUAAAUUGAUAAAGGAAAACUAAAAUCUGAAUUAGGAAUUAAAAUUAAAAAUUAGUUUUACAAUUUAAAAGCAAAACCCAAAAUAAAACGAGGACUAAAAUAUAGUUUUAGAUCGUUUGUUAUAUUAUGCAAAUUAAUUGAAGCAACAUCAUUUAUUAUUUCAAAUCAUUAAUCUAAAUGACCAAUUAUAAAUUAAAGAUACUUUGAAAUUAAUAGUCGAUAAUUUAUUAUCAUUCAAAUUAAAUGUGAGAACCACAGAUAAGAUGGGAGAAUACUUACUCUAAUUUUCAAGAGAAAAAUAUAAUAAUCUAUAAAACAAGAACAAAAUAUUGUCUUACUUUAGUUACUUGAUAAGAAUAGAAUCAAAAGCAAAAGCCUACACUUUAUUAUUUGAGUAUAUUGUUAAUUUAGAAUCUUUGUUAUUUAAUCUAUAAUAAAAGGACUUAGUUUGGGUGAUUAGAACACAAUUAGAUUGCAUAAAUUUGUUGCUAAAUCAAAUGUAACUGCACAGUAGACAUGACAGGAAACCCUAUGCUUAAUAAAUUGUAUGUAAAAUAAAGGAUGAAAUUUAUCGAUAAUUCUUAAAUCCAAGUACAUUAGAAGAAUUGAGAGAAUUUGAAUAAUAUUCUUAAAGAAAUAUUAGAGUGAUUAAUAUUGAAUAAAUUGAACUGUUCAAUUAAUACAAAAAGAUCCAAUGCUUUGUGAGUAUGAAUUAUAGUCCUUAGGCAAAAUUGUAAAAGGUAGUAGAAGAAUUGAUCUUAAAUAAUAAUAUUGAUUUGAUCAUUAAUUUGGGAAGGUUGAGAAUAGAUCCUAAUUAUGAGAGGAAUGUGGCGUUUUGUUAUUAUUGGAAUGAAGACUCAAGAGAGCAGUUGAUUUAAGGAUUGACAAGGAUAAUGAAGGAGCGAGAGUUGUCAAUAGUGUUGGCUUAGAUUUGUGUUUAUUGUAAUUUGAAAACCAUUCAUUGCCAAGAAUUGUAUUGCAAAGCACCUUGUUAGAAUUCCUUUUUAUAGUAUCUCAUAAGUGUUGAUAAAGAAUAAAUUGUUUAAGAGAUUAUUUGA